AUGGAGGCAUAUCAGCCUCUGCUAGCAUCGUCGCAAUCGGCAUUCAACUCUCUCCUACUCACAGGAAUUUCUUCAUCUACCUCAACCCACCUGUUCGCCGUCCCCCACGCAGGCCCUUCGGAUAACUUUGCAGGCAAAUUCGUGCUUGAAUGGGUCAAGACGCCGCGUCGCAGCAUCCCUAUCGGCAACAUCAAGGACUCCUUGCCGUCAUUGAUUAGCGGCUUCGACCCCUCACCCACGAGCGCUCGUGUGCGAGUGGGUUCAACCACUUUUGCGGAACCAGCUGUACCUGUUCAAGUCCGCCCACCACCUUGCCCCACAGAAACCAUCUUCAGCGGUCCUGAGGCAUUACGUACCACUCGAAUUGAGGCCGCAUUCAAUGAAGGCCGGCAGCGCACGCUCAACCUGCCGCCAUGCUUUCCAACUCUUCCAGGAUACCGCGCGGCGGCUCGUCAGCACCCCAAGGCUUGGCGCUCAGCUUCAUUUGACACCGAGUUCAAAGAGAUAUUUAGAACAUGGGCGACGACACACCAUCCAGAUGUCGCCAACGACAUCAUGGGCCGCUUCCAGCCUGCAGACGGCAAUCCCGACGAGGCUCUGGUACUGCUCAUUAUGCACUGGCCGCCAGAAUCAGACACCACGGUUGCCUUGUCUGAACAACGGCAAGGAUCGCAAACUUUCAUCCGUGCGGGGUUUAACCUCGGGCUGCUUAUCUCCUAUUACAACUUUUUGGCGGUCCACCUCCCCACGCAGAGCCAGCUAAAGGACUAUGACAACGUUCCCGAGCUCACACGGAAACGCCUGAAUCGCGGUACGAGUGACAUCAAAAGGGCGCACGCCAAGCACAUUAUUGAGCGGUGCAAAAGAUCCGGCCUUUACCAGAUGACCAUCGUUUUCGGCGCAACCUGCCGUGACAUGCUGGCCGAGGCGCUCAAAAUGGCCGAGGCUGACAACGAGCUGGUGGUCGAGGAGAUCAACAUCUGUUACAGGGCACUGCUGCCCAUCGAGAUGGGACUACCCUGCGAGGAGACAACAGCAGCGGCGUUCUGCCAUACACACGACAACGCUCCUUCCGCGGCGACAAGAUUCGCACCAUCUCUGCCGAAAUCAGCAACCAUCGCGAGCGUAUGCAUUGCCAACAUACCCUUGGACGCUCAGCUGCGCGCGAGUGCCGUCUUCUACGACAAGAGUCAUGGCAAGACAGUUCCAUACCACGAACUUUCCGCCAGUUUGGUCGACCGCUUUACCAAAAUCGCAUCAAAGAUCGAACAAGACGCGCUGGAGGCUAUGGGCACGCUUUCACAAGAAUUCGCGGAUACAUUAUAG